UCUCAAUAUGUAAACGUGUUUUAGUUCUCUUGUAGGCUGUGUCUUCUCUGUCCCAAAUAUCUAGUCUCUCUGGUAGUGUCGGUGCGGCAGGUUCCGCACGGUUGUUCAGUCACUAUCAGCAGCAUUCAGAAUGGCGGUCAGCACUGGCAUCUCCCUUGCGCUCUCCUCCCUCAUCUCCCUUCUGCUGUUCGCUGGAAUGCAGAUGUACAGCAAGCAGUUGGCGUCCUCAGAGUGGCUGACAAUUGUGGGAGGCUUGCUUGGCUCAGGGGUCUUUUUCUUCUCCCUUAUUGCUUUUAGCAAUCUAGAGAAUGUGAUGUUUGGCAAAGGAUUCCAGGCCAAGAUCUUCCCAGAAGUUCUUGUCUGUUUGUCUAUUGCGCUGUUUGCCUCUGGACUGGUUCACAGGGUCUGCGUCACAACGUGCCUUAUUUUCUCCCUGGUGGAUCUAUACUACGUGAACAAGAUCUCCUCAAGCCUCUACCAAAUAGCUGCUCCAAUAAUAACUCCUGGCAAGGUAGUCGGGAAGGGGAAAAAAAGGAACUGACUUCUCUAUGUGCCAACAAAGCCUCGUCCAGGAUGGAGCGCCAUGUACAUUCCCCCCAUUCCCCUCUGAAAAUAAAGCCUCUCCCGUUUCUAA